AUGUUAUAGAUCUACGCAAUAGCGUUUUUUUGUCUUCUUGGCAAAAGUAUAGCACGUCCGGGAAUAUGUGUUGCGAUACCAUGCUACUGUAGCAACGAACUAUCGCAGCAUUACGGUCAAGCCUUUGAUGAUGUCGCGGGCGACAGAUAUUAUCGGUAGGGCGGUGGAAGACAAAGCUGAUUCGCUACAAGAACUGAGCGGCAAGAUUUGGUCUCACCCAGAACUUUGCUUUCAAGAGAAGUUUGCCCAUGACACGUUGACAGAGUUCUUGGAGAAGAAUGGCUUUGAAGUGGAGCGCAAGUACAAAGUGGAUACAGCGUUCAAGGCUGUGUUCCGACAGGGCAGCGGUGGCGCUAAUAUUGGUCUGAUCUGCGAGUACGACGCUCUUCCAGACAUAGGACAUGCCUGUGGACACAACCUUAUCGCUGAAUCAGGUGCUGCUGCAGCGAUAGGACUGAGAGCUGCUCUCGAGGCAAGCCCAGCCACUUCUGGUACAGUGACGUUGUUUGGAACACCAGCUGAAGAGGGCGGCGGAGGAAAGAUUCAUCUUAUAAAUGCAGGUGCAUUUGCUGAUAUUGACGUUUGCCUAAUGGUGCACCCAGCAGCUAUGAACAUGUUAGCACCGGGCUGCCUGUCCUGCAUCGAUGGCCAUGCCGUGUUCACUGGGAAAGCUGCGCAUGCCUCUGCUGCACCAUGGGAUGGCAUUAAUGCACUGGAUGCAGUCAUCAAUGCAUACACUGCAUUGUCAACUCUGAGGCAGCAGAUCCAUACGGACUGGCGUGUUAUGGCUGUUAUCACAGAGGGCGGUGUUAAGCCCAAUAUCAUCCCUGAGAGAGCUGCAUUGGAGUUUGAUUUGAGAACCCCGACGGACAAGGAGCUUGCUGUACUGAAAGGGAAGCUGGCAGCCAUCAUGAAAGCUGCUGCGCUGGCAACUGGCUGUGAAGUUGAACUCAAGUUCACGAUUGAAGACAGGGUGUCCGAUUACUCGAACAUGAUUGCAAACAAACAGCUUCUUGAACGAUAUCACCAUCACUGGCUUUCAUUUGGGCCUGCAGACAGCACUUUAACGCCGGAUCGUUUCUGGGCAUCCACGGAUAUGGGUAAUGUUUCUCUCGAAGUACCGUCCAUUCAUCCAACAUUCAUCAUUGGAACGGCAGCUGAAGUGCAUACCAGAGAUUUCGUGGAAACGACCAACCAGCCCAAAGCACAUGCAGCCACGCGCUGUGUAUCGAAGGCAAUGGCUGCCGUUGGCUGGGAUGUACUCACUGACAGUGCCUUGCUGAAGGAGAUAAAGGAGAGCUUUCAACAACAACUGGUCACCUUACAAGUGAUGAUUGUUUAGUUUGCUGGCCUUGCCAAUUGUGUCACCACGAUGUGUUAGUUCUAGAACAUUCAUCUGCCUGCAUUAUUCGUCGUUAUGUUUCGUGUUUUUUUUGCCUCCCCUUCCUCAAUGCCCUGAUGAUCCCCAAUGGGCGAAAUAUUUGCAAAGUUCUAUUUGGUGCAGCUGA